AUGAGUUUCGUAUAUCUUGAUAUUUACAUCUUGACCAUAACUGAUUUCUGAACCAACCGCCUGCACCGAUUAAAAUUGUUAGUAACCCGAAAAUGCUAAAAUAUCUAGCAGGAAUCUUCGUCAAGCCGCGCAAUGACUACGUGGAUGGUCGCCUGACCACUCCUUUAAACAAGAAAAUGCGGACCAGCUGUCUUCCGCAGGUCAAAAAGUACUCCCAUGGGAAGGUAUCGCUGAUGUCCUUAAAGAGCAUCAUCAAUGGAAGCAGGAUUACGACGUCUGGGAAGGGAAAGUCGGAACACCGGGAGCCACGGCGCCGCAGGGAGGGCAAUCCCUUCCAGGUUUCACGACCCAUUAGUCGCUCCUCAAUGCAAUCCCUUAAGUUGCAGAUGGAAGAUCCCAUUAGCUAUAUAGUAAAUGUGGCGGCCUCUUGCUCGUCCAACGAAACCAUUCCCCCAUUACCAACUGAAGUGGUCCGGAAUGAAAACGAUUUGGAAUCGCAAUCACUGGAGGAUCAGGACAAGUUUCUGGAUUUUACGGCUUAUAAAGAGGAUUCCAGGUGUACUAGUAAGCUUGCUGAACAAUCUCUACCCGUUCCACCACCCAUUACACGCGUCCAAAGUUGGAUGAGCUGCGCCACAGUCCCUUUGGAUGCCACUCCCUUCAAUAAUUUUGAUGGCCUGUCCAAUCCCAAUCCGAAGUUUUCCAUCGACGAAGAUCAGGAUCCAAUUGGCUGGGAGAUGGACUGGCUGCCAGAAGAGUUUUGGUCAGAUACUAUGAAAUAAAAUAAAUAAUAGAAAUAAUUUUUUAA